AUGGACAUGUUCGGCUCCGAGAUGGACGAGCGGUUCAAGCAGUCGAUGCAGCACAACUCCUACGCCUCCUACUACAUGGACGACCUGGUGGAGAGCAAGCAGUCCAAGUUCGCAGCCAAGAAGCACUACCUGGAGGAGUCAGACGUGAAUAGCCAAACUCCAACAAAUCCUCGAUGUACUCCUUAUCCUACCCAGGACGCCGCCUUCAGCUCGGUCAUCUGCUGGUCUGACAAAAAUACAGUCAUUGAGAUCCUGGACCCCCUGGCAAUGGAACAAUCAAUUUUGCCCGUCCAUUUCAGACAGACCAAGUACGAGAGCUUCGUGCGCCAACUCAACCUCUACGGCUUCAGGAAACUGAAAUCCCAUUCAAGCAGCAAAUUCACGCACCCCAUGCUCAAGCAGGGAUCCAAGUAA